AUUAUGGUUCGGAAAGGCCUGCUGCUCUGUCGCCGCUGGUUCUUCUCCAACAAAGGAAAAACCUGUUGCUUCUCUCAUUUCAGCGCCGUGCGGCCAGCACUGUGUGGAAACAAACGUCGAGAGUGAGAAGCGAGAGACGGCGUCACUCAGCAGUUCGUACGAGUUGACAAAGUAGCUCUCGACUUGGCCAGCUCAAAAGAGUAGCGCCCUGCUCUCGCGCGCGCCUGCGCAAUUUACGCACGCACACAUAUACACGCGCUCCCCUUUGUUGUGAAACAAACUCCUCUCCUUUUGGAAAGUCUGACAUUUUAACUCCACCUAUUGUCGUAACCGUGGGCUCAAGUUCCGUUGGCAGUGGGAGCGUGAGGAUGGUGGAGAGCCGGAGCUGUGUCCAGAGGGAGGGGGUCUACCGCUGGUUCUCCUCCCUCACCUCAGCCCAGAGAGCAGAGUUCCUGUGCGGCCUUCUGGACCUCUGCGUCCCCAUCGAGCUCCGCUUCCUCGGCUCCUGCCUGGAGGACUUGGCCCGCAAGGACUACCACUCCCUCCGGGAUGCAGAGAUCAAAGCCAACAACCCCGCCGACCUGUCGGGCCUCACCAACAUCACGGACGAGGUGGUGCGCAGCAAGCUGCUGGUGUCGCUCGCCCUGCUCGGCACGGACAACAGGGAGGCGGCGGGGGUCUUGUACCGGACCCUGACUCACAUAGACACGGUGAUCAAUAACUACGGGUUGGCGCUGAACGACGGGAGGACCGAGGAGCAGUUUCUGUUGCUCUUCACCAUGGCCUCUCACCACCCGGCCUUCAGCUUCCACCAGAAGCAGGUGCUGAGGCAGCAGCUCAGCCAGAUCCAGGAAAUCCUACAGGUGAGCAAGGGAGGAGGAGAGGCUCAAGCAGCAGCAGGCCCUGGCGGGGAUCGAGCUGCCACCUGUCACCCUCAGCCACAUCACCACUAUCACCAUCAGACCAUGUCCCUGCCACUGGCCUCAUUGUCCCCCGCUGCCUGCUCCGUGCUCGACACCAGCGCUGCCUACCGGCCUCUAUCUGCCUGCCAACCCUGCCACACACACUGCACCUGCUGGCACAAGAGCCAAACCAGAGAGGCCGGAGCAGUCUCAGGGGUCACCACGGGACGACGGGACCGAGUGGUCAGCCAGGAGCUCACCCUUCCUCACCCGGACGUCCCUCCUCCUCCUCCUCCUCCCCCUCCACCACUACCACCACCACCACCACCUCCUCAUCUGCCGCCUCCUCCUCUACCUGCUGGACAGGUCCAGGGAGCAGCAGCGCCAACCAAGAACCACAAAAAAAUGAUGAUUGAGAGGGUGGCGCUGAGAGGAGUAACCCACACGUCUGAAGACACCAGUGAAUAUGUGUUCGAGGCCAGCUGGUCAGAUGGUUCUGUGUCAUCCGUUGUCAGAACUCAGCAGGAGGUGGCAGAGCUGCUGACCCAGAUGUCACAAGCAUUUCCUGAUGACGCAGUGGAGAAAUUCUUCCCUCAGUCCAUAGAGCUGGACCCCAGGUGUCUGACAGCGCUGCCCUGCCAUGUCCUCCAGCACCACAGCGUCCAGCUGUUCUUCACCUCCACCAGGCCUCUCUCACCCAACUGUCCGGCCUCCCUCCCUACGGCUCCUGUAUCUCCAACCUCUCCGUUCACCUCCAGCUCUAAUCUUGGCUGUAUGGUUCAGUACAGAGGAGCCAACAGGGCCGUAUACAGAGUGGCCAGCGUCCAGCCGGUCGUCAGCACCCACAGCUCUGUCUCCACUCGCCCCUCUCCUCACCUCUCCUCCCUCCCUCCUACUCUUCCUCCCCCCAUUCCCCCUCCCCAGCUGCCCUACCUCCCUCCCCAUGUGCCAGCCCUGCCCGCCCAGUGCUCCUUGGCUGGUGGGGGCGAUCCCUCCUCCCAGCCACAUCCUCAACACAGUCAAUCACACUCAUACUCCCAGCACCACCUCCAUCCUCAAACCAGCGGUCAGUCAGGCGCGCCCCCUCAGUCCCUGCACCUGUCCCAUUCCCAGCCAGCGUCCCACUCACAUUCCCAGUCCCUUUCGUACCCCCAGUCGCAUUCCCUGUCUCGUUCCCAGUCCCACUCACAGGCACCAUGCCAGUCCCAGCCCAACAUGGGAGAGCAGAACGGCAUCCUGGACUGGCUCCGCAGGCUUCGGCUCCACAAAUACUACCCCGUGUUCAAACAGCUCACCAUGGAGGAGUUUUUAGCGCUGACGGAGGAGGACCUGAACAAGUACGACCUGACCCAAGGAGCAAAGAAGAAACUCAAGACUCAGCUAGAGCUACAAAAGACUCAACUAGAGAUCCAAAAGGAGAUGCAGAUGGAGAAGCGGCCCUGCAGCGGCAUCGCCAGGGUGACGCCCUCCAGUCACAUGGGACCCUCAACACAUCCCGCCUCCACUGCAGGAGAGCUGCGAGUGGAGGUGGACUCUGUGCCGCACCAUCACCCCGUCUCAACAGACAGCAGCUCGUCCUCAGGCUACUCCAGUUCUCCCUGCUCCCCCCGAACGCCACUCUGCUGUGACUCCACCUUCGACAGGACCAGAGACAUUCACAGACGUGUGUCAGGUCCUGACGCUUCAGGAGGGGGUCCAGAGAAAGACCGGUCCUGUCUCUUCAUCCUGAACUCCAGCUGCCCCACGGGCUCCAGUCGACCCACAGCCCAGGUCCUACCUGUCCAAACCGACCCAGCUCCUCUUCACCCUCCCUCCUGCUCCUCCCACCUCCCCCUCGGCCUUCCGCAGUCUCCUUACCACCCGCAGUCUAGUUACCCCCAGACCCUGCUCUCCCCGGUCUCGAACCAAGCACGCAUCCUGAGUUCCCCCCGUAAGCCCAGGCCCCCUCCGCUGUGCACGGAUGACCGGACUAAGCCGCUGGGCUCGGGCCCGCCUGGAGCCGGUGCAGGCUUCCCGUCAGGGCUGGGUGUGGGGAUGGGGGUGAGGCUGGAGAACCUGUUCCCUGGGCUGAACAUGGACGGCUCCUCCGCACUCCAGGACUCGCUGGUUUGCCGUGGCCUGGCUGGAGGUGCGGUGGGUCUGAUGGUGGAAACCAGUUCUGCUUUGACCUCCACCUCCAACAGCCUUCACCACGUCUCUCACCCCCCGCUGCACUUCCACCUCUCGUCCUCUUCAUCCCCGUCUCCAUCUGGAUUCUACUCCUACCCAGCCACUUCCUUCUCCUCUUCCUGUCCUUCCACAAAGUCUGGCAGCUCCAGCAGUGGUGGUGGCUUUGUCCCCAUGGCAACAGCAAGCAGCGUCCCCGUGGCUGCGGUGCCCGGCAACACCUACUACCCGGCCCAGCCCACCUCUAGCCCCUCCCCUUCCCCCUCCUCUGCCUCUUCCUUGGAUCAAAGUUCAGGUCACACCCCCUCCAUGUGUGUCUGCAGCUCCUGCGGUUGCCGCGGUAACUGUGGUGCCUAUGGGGCAUUGCCUGGAUACGCGGCGGCCGGCUACCUGCAGCCGUUCUCCGGCGGCCCCUCGCUCUUCACCUUGGGUCCUCUGCUCCAUCUCAGCCCGCUGAUCGCCUCGUCCAGCGCCGCCGGCAACGGGGCCACGCCCUUCUCCUACCCAAUGAUGGUGCCUCCGCCCCUCUACCGCCACAGCCCUGUGUCACAUGACCAGCAGCAGGCCUUUGCCUUCUACCAGCCUCAUGGCAUCGUGGGAAUUGGAGGCCACAAACGGUCAGCAGGUAACGUGUCGUGUUAUAACUGCGGUGCCAACGGACACAGGGCAGAGGAAUGCAAACAGCCGGCCAUGGAUUCAGCACAGCAAGGGACGUUUCGACUGAAGUACACUCCUCACUCUGACAGUAAGGACUCGGGGGACUAAGCAGCAGAGACGCCAGCGGGUUAGAACUGUCAUACUCCUGACACAACUGUACCUCAUGUUCCUGCUGAAGCUAGCAGGCAGCAGCCACAGACAGACUGCCUCUGGGGACAAACAAGGCAAAGCGAGUCUGUAAAAAAGGCCGUUGAUAUGAAGGCACAGACCCAUUGCAUCUGUUGUAACUCUUUUUACAGCAGCUAACAGAGAAAUGAGAGGAGGACGGAAAAGAAACAGAUUGUCACAGUCCGUGUCGUCAGACUAGCUUUCAUCCUUCCUCGGUUCUCUGGGAAUACAAAGCUGGAGAUUUGUAAACUCUGCCUCGCUUCUUUUCAGAGACGUAGCUGGAACUCUGCCUGUCAUGUUACCUAUGGUGCAGCAGUGCAAGCAGAGAGUCUCAAAAUCUGCUUCCCAGCUCAAUGACUCAGCACUUAUGGUCCUCUAGGUGUUUCACAAAGCAAAGACACAGCACUCAAGUAUCCUAACAACUUCCUGGGCACUGAGGCAAGUGCAUUUCUACUUGUUUUAUAUCAUGUCCUUAUGGUGACAGACUGGAUACCUUGGAUGUUCGCCCAGCACCAGUGUUGUCUUCACUUUGACUGAAUAUGCUGGUAUAAAAAUUCUCAUGCUUUUCAACGCCUUGACACUUAAAAUAAAACAGCUAUUUUGUACAACAGAGUCCAGUCGCAAGAGCUGUGCUCCAGUUCAUGCCACAUACUAUACUUAUCUAGAGUAUAUUCUUAUGUUUAGAGUAUACUGUUUUUGCAGCUAGAAAUCAACCAAAUGUUUUCUCAUUUUAUGCCAGCAGGAAAUGUUGCAAUACUUUUGCAAAGGCAAUCAAAGUCAGACUUUAGAGCGCCACUGCCAAUUAAAGUUCUCAAAGAGAAGCUUAAAUACCACCUGCAAUUGCAAGUUUUUGCACCUGUGAACAGUUCCUGUGUUUCCUUUGAGCAUUGCAUUGUGGGAGAGUUGUAUCCAUCAACAACACACUUAGUAUGCAUAUCAACGAUUUGGAAUAUACAGAAUUCUGUCAUGUUUCCAGUGUAGCCGCACUACAAAAUCAAAACCUGCUCAAGAUUAAGGUUUGUCAUUAGUGUUAAGUAAACUUUCGGCUCUAUCGCUUUCUUGCUCAUCCUCCUUGAAGAGGAGGAAAAAAGAGUCACUUUAAGGUUCCCUGUGGUACCUUUUUUACCACUUGCACUAUAGAGCUCAACAGUGAGUGUGUUUGCAUGGACACGAAUGACUCAUUUAUGAUUGGGUUUUUGGGGUUUGCUCUUAUAAACACCAUAUCUAGUUUUAAGAAACUGGGAUAAGCCCUCAUCCUGUUCAUGGGAAACGCAAGUAUGCUAGCUGGAGUACUCUGAAAGAAACUGUUGGGUUAUCGUGCACCGCUGACUAUCUGUGCAAGUGUGAAAUCCACCAAGUCAUAAAUGUAUUAUCCCGGUCCAUGUAAACACAGUCACUGACCGCCCAAUUGUUGAACAGCUUGGGUUUUGGAAGUGAAAUUCCCAUUCAGUCACUCAAUAAAUGUUUCAGAAAAUCCUAAUAAAGUUUUAGGAAUUGACCCAAGCAAACCAACUACGAGAUGAAUCGUCACCAAAAAACAUUUGAUUUGGAGCAACAAAAAUAAGAAUGAAAAACUGUUACAUAACUAUUUUUAGAGUAAAGAAACUACUCAUUCCAUAAACCAUUGAGAAUGGUGUUCGUCACCGUUGGAAAAUCCCCAAAACUUUUAAGCUAACCGUUGUUGAUCUAAAACAAAGACAGAUUUAGUUUAACUUCAUGCCUUAUUUUUCACUUCAGAUGUUUUCAGGAACAUUUUGCUAAACUAUUUUCAUAAACGAGACGCCA